UAAUAAUAAUAUGUAAACAACUGAAGUUUAAAAAGUUGUUCGGGUCAGCAAAAACUCGAACACUCACCUCUGACAGUGACACACUCUGCUGACUCGGGUCCUACUACUCCUAGUACUACUUGCCGUCAACUCGCCGUCAACUCACUUGUGCCGUCAACUCGCCGUCAACUCCUCCAAUAUACAUUUAAAAUCCACAAAAGAAGCAUAGAACGGUGACGUAUCAGCUGGAAGAGAAUUUGCCAAUAACUCACAGACAAUAUGGGCGGUGCCAGCUCAGCACAGGUCCAAGCUUCCACACUAGCGACGAGUAUCAUACCCUCCAAACACUCAUCAACAGAGACAUUAGAUACUGAAAAUGUGAACAGAGCAGUAGCACCACCAAAAGAAUGUCCAAUGCACACGUCUAAAGGAGAUGGUGAUUCUUCAUUGGACAUUAGGAAGAUGGCUCAAAGUGGUCAAAUACCCAGUGGAUGUCCAAUGCAUAAGGGUGGGUCAUCAACAGGAGCAGCAGUGUCUGGAGGCGGGGACUCGGUCAGCGAAUGUCCAAUGACUGGUGCAACGUCUGCUACUCUAAUAACUGAUAGUAGAACAGACGAUAUAGAUCCACAGAACAUGAUGCCACCACCAAAUCAGAGACCCGCUCCCGAUCAGCCUUUCUCCCUCCCGAUAGAUCGUCAAGUCUCCAGCAUCCCCAAGGGGGGCAAAGAGAACGAGAAGUGGGUUUACCCUUCUGAGCAGAUGUUCUGGAAUGCUAUGCUUAGGAAGGGCUGGAGAUGGAAGCCUGACGACAUCUCUCAGAAAGACAUGCACGACAUCAUCAAGAUACAUAAUGCUAACAAUGAACAGGCAUGGCAAGAAGUCCUGAAAUGGGAGGCUAUGCAUGCCAAAGAAUGCGGAGACCCAAAGCUUUUGAGCUUUGGUGGCAAGUACACUGAUGUUUCACCUCGAGCAAAGUUCAGGAUGUGGCUUGGCUAUGAACGUCCAUUUGAUCGCCACGACUGGACAGUUGACAGAUGUGGCAGAAAGGUCCGCUACAUCAUUGAUUACUAUGACAGUGGAACGGUUGAGAAAGAUUACAAGUUUGCCCUCCUUGAUGUAAGACCGGCACUAGACUCUCCUGGUGCUUUGUGGGAUAGAAUGAAGGUCGCUUACUGGAGAUGGAUGUACGAUAGCAAACAGGAUUAGAGCUCACUCAAGUUUCAUUUCAUGUAUUUUGUAUUUGAUGUUUUUUCUUGAAAGUCAAGUUGUUUUUUCAUUCAAAGUCCUAAAUCUGUGUGUAUCUUUCUUCUACAGUGCAAAUUGAUGGUAACUUAAGAUAACAUUGCCACGGAACAGAAAUCUUGAUGUCUGAAUGGGUUUUAUAUCUUGAUAUGAUGAAGUUUGAAAUUGAUAAAGACAUUUCAACAUCAAGUUGUAAAACAUUGUUUCCGACAACCAUGUUUUGGUAUCUUGUCAAUGUAUUUUGGGUGAUCAUGCAAUUGCAGUUUUAUUUUACAUAUAAUUUUAGGGGCAGUUGGGUCAGGCAAGUGCCUUCCACCUCUAGGAGCCUGGUUCAAAAUCAAAUCCCACCGAGGGCACUAAAUGGGUUUUCAGUCCCUACCCGACUGCGUGGGUUUCCCUGGAUUAAUUCUCUGUUUUUUUUCUCCAGUAUCUAAGUAUAGACUUCCUUCUUUGUCUUCUUUCCAUUGGGGUUCUGCACCAGUAUAACGAUUAACUUUGCCUUUGUGAUAGUCCUUGGCUCCACAACCAGUAUUAACAAAUGAAUAAAUUAAAUUAUUUAAACAUGUCAACAUUCACAGAAAUUGUAAAAUUUUGCUACACACAGAUUGUAAACCUUUGGUUAAACUCAAAACUCUUUUGUUGCUUGAAAAAAAGAAAUCUGGAUCUUUGCAUGAACAGAAGUUGAAAUUAUGUAAAAUUUGAAGUGCUGCAUGGUGUAGGACGUAAGAAGUAAGAACCAAGUUGGUUGAUAGGUAACGACUAUAUGUGAAUAAAAUCGCUACCGAGAGAAGUGUUUGUUUUGAGAAGAGCUGGGGUUGAGGAGAUAUACAUAGUGCUUCUGGGCUGAAAUACGUGUGCUAGCAUUUGUCCAUGUUAACUCGAUGGAGCACCCAAACAAAAAAGAGAGUAUGUUAACUUAAUCUUUCUUAGAAGUUUGCACAAUUUUAAAUUCGUUUUCUCUUGUACUAUUGUGGAAAUAAUAGUGGUAUCUUUUCCAAGGACUUUGCCAGCUUGUGGAAUAAUUUUAAUAAUUCAUGUACAUAGAAUUUUAAGGAAAAGAUUGUGUUGUAGUUUGUAUGAAAUAAAUAAUUCAUGUUUUUUUUCAUUCUGCAGAAACAUGUGGAGUUGUUUAAUUUGAAAUUUAAAGCAACAAUUUUUAAGGAGUUGUUUUUUUCAGGGAAACUUAAGUCAGCUAAAUUUGUUUCAACUUCCUGAUGCAAUCUUGUAAUUAUUUAAUGUAUAGUGAUAACAUCAUUUACCAAUUAAAAGCAUUUUAAAAUGGAA